AUGUCAUCUGAGAGGGCGAAUGCUGAUACAAGUGCAAAAGAUGAAUCUACUCUAAAUCCUGUUGUAGAACCAAGUGAAACGAUAUUUGCAGAGGAAACUAAGUUUGAGAACAAAACAGAAAAUGGAAUGGAUGGAUUGACCAAAUCAUCAAUCUUUUCUAGCCGCCAUUACUCUGAGAAAUCGUCUCCACCACUUGAGUACAUGAAAAUAUCUUUUCACCCUAUGAGUGCACUUGAGACGUCAAAGCUGAACCUAGAUUUCUGUGAUGGCAAUCUUCAUGAAAUUUCUAAUGAUAUUAUGUUACCGACAUUUCAGUUACUUUCAGAGUCUUCCAUUCCACAGCCAGGCAGCGGUUCUGAGUCUGAAGAUGACACUUUUGGUAGGUCAUAUAGUUAUUCUUCAUAUGAUGAUCUGAGUCCACGACUAUAUUCAAACUCUGAGGCGUGGGAUCAAGAAGAUGGAGUUGGGCUGGAGGAACAUGAGUUGUAUGAUGAUUCAAAUCAGAUAGGAUCCUCAACAGCACCUUUAUCUAGCUACAUGGGAUUCGAGCAGAUGAACUUAUCUGGCAUGAAGUCAGAUAUUUCACUUGCAAAUGUUGGGGAUCAGAAUGUAAUAGGCACUUUAGAAUCCUGUACUGUUGAAGAACUUCCAAACUUUGACACAUUGAUGUCCAGAAGCGAUGAUCAAAAUGGUGAAACCUCCAUUCCACAUAAUCCGUGA